AUGAACACAUUCGUAGGCGGCGUGUUGCUGUCAGGACCUCCGGGAGUGGGUAAGACUAUGCUACUCAAGUUGGUGUGUGCCGAGUUUGGCGCAGCACUGGUUUCGGUCGACGGACCGUCUAUCUAUAGCUCAUUUUUUGGCGAGAGUGAAAGCAAUCUGCGCAGUAUAUUUGACCGGGCUCAGAAGUCCGCUGCCGAAAAGUGCACGG